UAAUGACUUUGGUAAUGUGUCAGAACCCUGCUACUAGAGCCUGGAUGUGGCUCUGAGUUUCAGGGUCACUGACAUUGAUAAGACACCUGCGUCCCAGGACUCGGAGGAGAAACGGCUGAUGGUCUUGGCGGGGAAUUUGCGCGGGGUUUUACUGAGCGGGAAGAGACUGUUCAAAUGAGGGGGAGGGUAUAUAAAGGAGGGUUGGCAGGAGCCUCCCAUUCUUGGCUUUUCUGAUGUUCAUGUUUCCUACAGUAAAAGUUCCUGGUGAUACCACAAAGAGUCUCGUGUGUUCAUUCAGGAGCGGCUGUGGUGAGCUGACACUAAGCCAAGAAUACGGACACCAUCCCGCUGUAGCGGUGAGGUGUAACAUGCAAGUGGAGGAUGAAGAGCUCUUGGGCGCCGGAGGAGGAAGGUCGGAAAGGGCCACUCCCGAGACGGACGCUGAGUUCCACCAGCUGGCGGCCCUGGCGUCAUCCACCGCUUAUGCCCAGCCAAAUGGGGUAACCCAGAGGCGCGGAGUGGUGCGGGGAGAUAGCACCGGAGGAGAGGAAGGUUCACCUUCCCCAGGCCCGCAAAAGAUGGUGUUUCUGGAGGAGAGUGACGACGAAGGGGAAAAGCCUCCGAGAAUCCCGGCUACGCUCCCAACUGAGACCCUGGUGCCCCUGGCGAAUGCCGGGCGUGGCACAGGACAAAGGGAAGCAGCAGCGGGGCCCACUGGCCCGCAAGGGGGCUUGCGACGGGCGGAGGAUUGGGGAUUGCCACCACAGGGACCCCUACCGAGACGAGAGGAACUAAGGAUCGAGUUUGGGGGAGAGUCCUCUGAACUGGAUUUUUUCCUGACCACGGUGAGGGGCUAUAUGGAGGACAAUGCCCACACUUUUAGAACGGAAUCCAGCCGGGUACGGGCCAUUGGUGCAGUGUUGAAGAGGGGAGCGGCCAGCUGGUACGUUCAACUACACGCGCGGCGCGACCCAUGUCUGGGGUCACUCCGACGCUUUAUGGGGGCCCUGGAGACCCGUUUCCGAGAUCCACUGGAGCAGAUCCGGGCGAGGGAGGAGUUGAAGACCGUCUCCCAGGGGCAGAGGUCGGUAUCUGAGUAUGCGGAGGAGUUCCAAUGCCUCGCUGAAAAGGUGCCGGAAUGGUCUGCAGUGACAAAGAUAGAACUCUUCAAAGAGGGGCUCAGGCGGGAGAUCCUCUCCUGGGCGGUGCAUCGUGAUGAGCCUGACACACUGCGCGGAUGGAUUCAGCUGGCGGGGCGCAUCGAGACAUCGCUGGCCCAGGCGAGGAGGCACCGAGGAGGACUACAGCAGCGGCCGCAGAUGAAAGAGGGGAGCCGGAAGGAGGGAUCAACCCCAGCCGGGAGGAGAACGGAGCCGACAGGGAACGUGAGCACCAGCAGGAGGGGCUGCUUCGUGUGCGGCCGUUUGGGCCACAGGGCUGCCGAGUGCUGGCAGAGAAAAGGGGAAGGCGGAGGCCCGCCCAAACCAAGAGCCGUGGCAGGGAAACGCGCCGAGGAAGAACCACCGAUGAGGCACCACUCGGGGGGGUUGGACGAAGGGGAGGAGGACGCCAUGUCAGAACCCUGCUACUAGAGCCUGGAUGUGGCUCUGAGUUUCAGGGUCACUGACAUUGAUAAGACACCUGCGUCCCAGGACUCGGAGGAGAAACGGCUGAUGGUCUUGGCGGGGAAUUUGCGCGGGGUUUUACUGAGCGGGAAGAGACUGUUCAAAUGAGGGGGAGGGUAUAUAAAGGAGGGUUGGCCGGAGCCUCCCAUUCUUGGCUUUUCUGAUGUUCAUGUUUCCUACAGUAAAAGUUCCUGGUGAUACCACAAAGAGUCUCGUGUGUUCAUUCAGGAGCGGCUGUGGUGAGCUGACA